AUGGGCCGAUCGCACUUCGAGAGUGCAGAGGAUUAUGUAGCCUGGGUGGAGAACCCUCGCCGCGUCGUGUACGUCGAAUGGCGAAAGGUACGCCACGAAAAGAGCCGAGGAUUGACUUCGCACUCCUGGCUCGAAGUCAGCCUCCUCGAUGGCCGGAGAUUGCGGCUCGAGAUCUAUGCAGAUCAAGGCUACACCGAGCUCCAUUACGAUCCGGCCAACAAGAGCGACAGUCGCUUUUUCGACCCGCAGAGCACUCUCUAUGACGACAGGGCAGCAGAAAGCCAAGAUCUCGCCCGGCCCCUCACGGCGGAGACGCUGACGCGCGAGGCGAAAGAGCUGGCUCGGAGGAGACCCUACUCCCUCA